AGUCUGGGAUUACGGACCGGCUAAAACGUUUAAGUUUUAUUCAAGAGUAGAGUGUACAAUAAUUCAGAAGAGGAAGAAUGGAUCCGAACCUAACAGAUAUUAGAAAUUAUACAGAGCGUGAUUACAUCUGCGAGCAAAACAUACGCAAUAACUAUAGCCAAGCAGCUAUAACCUUGUGGAUUACGAUGAUCAUCUUCAUUGUAGGCCUAUUGGGUAAUCUGAUGAACGUGAUCGUCUUCUCUUCGAAGGAUAUGUGCAAAAUUUCGUCCAACAAUUACCUCCUUUUCUUAGCCAUUAGUGAUUCAGCUUAUCUCGUAUCGGCUCUCGUGCGUACGUUACCUUAUUUACGUUGUUUGUACUUUAUAAACGCCUCUUUUGAUUUCCAUCAUCGGUCGAGAGCUGCAUGUAAAUUAUUACAGUAUUUUCUCGAUUUGACUGCCGACUAUUCGUCUCUUCUAGUGCUGAGCUUUACUGCGGAGAGAUUUAUGGCCUGCUACUUUCCAAUAAAAUUUAAAGAUUUAUGUACACCUUUAAGAGCCAAAUAUCUUUGUACAGCACUCCUUUUGGUUAUUGGCCCAACUAUAAUUUAUCCAAACUUUUCAUAUAUUGGUUUAACUGAUGUACCAAAUGCAACUCAAACCGUUUGUACAAUUGGCAUCGACUCACGUGAAGCUCAUAAAAAAUGGUAUUUAGCGGAAAUUUUAAUUUUCCGGGUAGUACCGAUUAUCUUUGUUGCUGCUAUCAACGUUUGUAUAAUAAUCAAAGUGAAGGGGUUGAAAGAUGAGAAGAAUAAACGAAAAAGAUGUAGGGAAAAGGUUCUAGAUAAGACAGAUAAGGCCAGUGGCUCUGGAAAGAAAAAUAAAGUUAAAGAAGAAAGUGCAACUCAAUUGACCAUUAUGCUCACGGUCGUGUCAACAUCCUACGUCAUAACAUAUCUACCAGAUUUAGGCUUAUUUAUAUCUGAAGGUAUUUUAGCAAAAUUGUACGAACCAAAGGAUAUUCCCUCUGUCACCAUGGAACGUUUAAUUAUCGCCGACAAUGCUAUCCGACCGCUCUAUAUUCUCGGAUUUUCCAUCAACUUCUUCCUCUACACCGUUUCCGGUGACGCCUUCCGACAACAACUCAAAAAAAUACUAUACCGGUAUUUUAAAAGUGAUAGAGGUCAUCCUCACUACGAAAGAGCGGCUAUAAAUGGCCACACGGAAAUUUGAUAAAAUGAAUGCAAAAAGUGUUUGCCUUUUACUGAACUUGAAAAUGAGAAAUAAAGAGAAAAAAGGAAAAAUUUCUGUGAUCAAGAUAACGCUCUCUUUCCUCGUCUCAUUACUUUCUUCCCUCUUCUCUCUUUCUCUCUCUCUCUCUCUCUCUG